AUGGAAACUCCCAAAGCUUUACAAUGUCUUCAUUCGUUUUGCCAGAAAUGUCUGCAGGCCUACAUAUCUUCCAAUGCAAAGCGAAACUCCAACGGCUGGUACGUCCACUGUCCUGUAUGUCGAAGUAUUUCUCUGCCUCCUAAUAAAGACUGCACCAUCGGAAACGGGGCUGCCGCUUUCCCAACCAAUUUCUACAUCAACCGAAAGCGAUUAUAUCUGAGUGAAAAACGAAAGGCUAUAAACAGAGACGAAAAUGGAGUCUGCAGCCUUUGUCCCGACCCGAACAGGACACCAGUAGAAUGGUUUUGUCUACCUUGCAAGAAGGCCGUUUGUCGGGAAUGCGUUUUCGAUCACGAAAAAGACCGUAGGGUUCCUCAUCAAUUACACAAACUUUCGGAUGCUCUAACAAAGUCUUCGAAUAGCGGCAACAUUCCCACUAUUUGUCCUGACCACGAAGGUAAACUAAUGUUUCUGUUCUGUCUUACUUGUCUGACCAGUGUUUGCGAUACCUGUAUGGUAGAUAACCAUCAACACUGUGUGAUUAGUUUCUUACGAAAGGACAGUGACCGACUCUUGGCUCAUUUAGAAGCCAAGACCAAAGAACUGGCCCUCGUCAGUGACAACGUGUGGCACUGGACAACACACAUAGGUAGGUGUCGAGAUGACAUUACUCGGAAAGUUACCACAGCAGUGGAAGAAGUCGCCGCUUUUCUUGAACGAAAGAAGGCGCUUGUUUUAACUGAACUAAACAUUCUCUACAAGUCUCAACAGGAUUACUUGAACUUUACUCGCUUAGAAGUGGCGACGAAACUCAAAAGUUUAAACGAACACAUGAAAUUGAUUAACAUUGCCUUAAGAUCUAACGGUGAAAUUUGUCUAGUAUCGCGGAAGGAGAACGCAAAGUUGAGAUUUCCCAAAAUUGGAAUCCUUGACACCAGUCUACUAAACAUGGAGCUGAAUUUCCAACCCAAUAUCUCCUUCUUGCGUGGCGUCCAAAACUUAUCUGAUUUUAACCUUGGAACUGUUUCGCUUGAAGCUGGCCGAUGGCCAGACCCCCAACCUUUUCCUUCACUGGGUGAAAAUAUUCAACAAUGGUUAUUUGCUAACAGACCCAGACUUGUUUCUCGCUUCUGUCUGUCUAAUAACUACGAUGACUGUAGUUUGCGGACUUUAGUUUUUAACAACUACAUAAUUCUCGCGGAUAUCGACAAAUCUUUUUUACGACAACUCUCUUUUGACGGUGUUCAUCUGAACAAGACUGAAUUCCUUUCGUCAGUGGGUGGUAUCUGCUCCUGGACUGACAGUCAGAUAGUUGCAACAAUGCCGGAUGUCCGUCAGCUGUACUUCAUUAACCACAAGGACCUCUCAACUAGAGACAUUCAAAAAACAACGAAGUCUUAUGGAGCAGUUGCAGCUACUUCUAACUCGUUCCUCGUUUGUUUAGAGUCGUCCACUUCGUCAGUCGAUAUUUUAUCUCCAGUCAAUGCUUGUGGAAUGGAAGUCUUGAAAUCUGUCCCAAUCCCGUCCGUUUACUUGCCAGAUCCCACUGGGUGCAAGUCUCUCGUAAUUAGUGCCGACAAAAACUUUGUGAUAGUCGACUCUGUCCAAAAUAGACUCCUAUGUUUAGAUUCUCAGGGAGACUUAAAAUUCGUUUACGAAGAAUCGACUACUCCAGCUGUAUGCGCGGACAAAAAAUACAUCUACUCCAGCGAUAUGUCUCGUAAUACUGUAUCGCGUCUGACUUUAGACGGACGGUUAGACUGCGUUCUACUAACGGCAGAUGAUGGGCUUGACCACCCGAAGUGUCUUCAUAUCAAAGAUUCUCAACUUGUUAUAGUUCAGGGUAAAACUUCGAAAAGUGUAAUUGUAUUCAAUAUUUAUCCAGUCACUUGA